AUGGAAUUGUGGUUAACGGAAAGGGACGGUAGUGCGAUCAUUCGCUCCAAGAUGUUUCUAAGUCAUCGCGGGAAUUACGAAGAAGCAAUUUCUAAUAAGGAAAAUAUUGAUAAAGAAAUAGUUAGACGAUGGGUUAAUAAAGCUUUGCAAAAAAGGGAGUUAGAUGAAAAGACUUGGCAACCCGAAUUUUGGAAAAAUGACGCAGUUCUACUUAAUACACUUGAAGAGUUAGAAGAGACUGAGAACGGAAGUAAGAAAAAGAUAUUAGAACUAGCAAUGAAUGAUGAUGAGUAUAUAACAAAGUUCUGGGAAUCAGUAAGGACAGAAAGGUGCAAGUCCGUAGAACUUAAAGACGAAAAAUUACGAAUAAAGAUAAAUCUUCUCUUAGUUGGUGUGGUAGUGCAUCUUAGUCUGAGAGCAAUUCUGUUUGCUCAAAAGGGUGUAGUCUUUAGGUUUCUGCCGGACUCUGGUGGCUUAGCAGAGGAUAAACGAAGCUCCUUAUUUCAAAUGAUGAUAUCAUCCCACUUUGAACGUUUGUCUAAACAACAAUCUUCUAUCUUUGAAAAUUAUGCUUGA